AUGUCGUCCCGACGAGACCCGCUAAGGUCACAGCCAUUCACGCCGACCACAAUUCGGGAUGCCCAAGAUACGCACGACACCACCAGGUAUUUGCAGCCAUCCGGUGGACGAAUACCACGAAGAGUUGGUCACAUGGCCAGUGGUCAGCAGUCUCCUCAGUACCCGGCUCAUCCAUCAGUUCGGAUACCGCAGAAGGCAAAAGCGAUGCCUAUGGGUGCUGGCGUAGCUCCAAGACCAACAAAGGGCUCACCGGCAACCUAUUCACAAGAUAAGGCACCUAGGCAACGGGCGGCCAACACACCAAACACAUCAAAGUCGGCGUGGGAUGCAUCACACGACCAAAAUUCACUUGUCAUGCACUCGCCGCCUCCGAUUCCUCCAUCUUCCUCUUCUCGGCGUUACAAUAUGACACAAUCAUAUGUUUCUUCAGUCGGAGGUGCGGACUCUCCACCAAUGAGGACAACAUUCCCACUAAGAGAAUCACAUUAUCCCGAGGACGACUCACCACGAGCCGCAUAUCCAAGCAGCAGACUCAUGCCACAGGCAGAGUUCCCUACUCCCGACAAUCGCGCUACGAUGCAGACUGUCGAUUCGUACGAUCAAUUUAGCACCCCUCGACACAAGCCAGGUCCGAUCGACACAUCACUGCGACCCGCGACGAUGGCAAAGCCUGGCGAGAUCUCUCCAGCAUCAACAAGAGCCAACGCGAUGAAUGCACUGAGUCAAGCUAUCGCAGUUGGUAUCAAUCAGCAGUCCAAGCCCGUCUCGCCACUCACAAUGUCACGACGAACUUCACGCCCAUUCUCGCCGCCAGUCCGAAUGCCAUUCGAUGAUGAUAUGAACUCCAUCCACACUACCAACGAGGACCUCGAGCCACCUGACCUGAAAGACGCGCCGCCAGUACCGACAUCCAAGCAUAACGUUCGCGGCCUCGCCUCUUCGCCUACCUCAGGCACUUCCGAGGCACCAAUACUCGGACUUGGCAUCGGCGCGCCUGGUCGUGGACUGUCAACAAAACGCGGCACUUCAAAACGACCUCCGCGACUUGACAUCGAUGCAGUGCGUGACAUGGAAGCUCGUGGCUCCACCACUUCACUCACCGACCUCAUCAAGCGAGCUACAAGACUGGCCUCCAACCUCGACCGCGGCAAGACAGCUAGCAGAUUAGGCAUGCUUGAUAUGUUUGGCAAAUCGAAUGAAAAGCUCGGAAGUCUACCACCAGGAAAGCGCGACUCUUCAAUGUCAGACAUGCUGUCUGCAUUCCCAGCCCCAGCCAUUGGCACUCCACGAUCCGAAUGGCCUGGCAACGAGAAGGGCAUGAACGCCAGCACGAGCGCGUUACCACGGUUCCCAAGCGAUUCUUCUAGCGAUGGGUCUAACAAGAAAGCCGGUCGGCGUCGCAUCUGCGGCAUGUCAGUACCCUGCUUCACUGUCAUCGUCAUCAUACUCAUCCUACUAAUCGCCGCGGCUGUCCUGAUACCCAUAUUCUUAAUCGUCGUGCCACGACAAUCCGGCAACAACUCCUCGCCAGCCUCCGUCGCCGACUGCACCAGAACCAACAAAUGCGAGAAUUCUGGCACAGCAAUCUUCACCAAUAACGCGUGCGGCUGCAUCUGUAGCGGCGGCUUCACUGGCGCUACAUGCGCUACACCGGGCGACUCCGGCUGCACGACUCAAAACCUUCAAGAUGGCAGCGUCAUCUACCGAGAUGCCACGCUCGGCCAACAGACCCUCCAAGCCUUCAAUGACGCAGGCACGUUCCGCAUCCCACUGAACGCCACCACCAUCUUAGCGCAGUUCUCGGCCAACAAUGUGCCCUGCCGCGAAGAGAACGAUCUGCUGGACAUGAGCGACGCCAUCAACGGCACCGCAUCCACCACCAGCAACAAUGCCGCCAAGCGCGAGACCGCACCCGAGCCGUUCGUCAUGCUGAAAGGCUACGAGCCUGCUCCUCUACCCGUCCACCCACACCGUGUAGACCACAUCCAGCACGAAGCCGCACAGCCGAUGAUCACCGCGAUUCCAACCCCGAGUGUUGCGCUCCGCGCCCGACAAGACGCUUCCGAGAGCAACACCAUGAUCUCCGAGAUCAACGGCAUCGUCUUCGACACAGCGCGCAACACCGUCGUCACCACCGCCACCAGUGCCACCGCAUCUGCCGCGGCGCCCUCCGCCACUGGCACAUCCUCCUCCGACGCUCCACCCUCAGCACAACUGACCUCCCAACUUUCAUUCUCGCGCGUCGUCGUGCUCUACAUCCUUGACAAGUCGCAGUCGCUCGCCACGGCACUGGACGCGAAGAACCGGCUGGCGAAGUAUUUCGAGAGCGUGGGAAGCGGGAAUGAGGUGCAGGUGGGCAUGGUCGCAGGGCUGAUGGUGACUGCUGAUAUGCAGAAUCUGAUACUAAAGGAUGGGGAUGAGGUUGUGAAUAAGAGCGAUUGA